CUUCGAUCAAUGAGGAAAUCAUCGAGAUGGGUUUCUUCAAAAAUUUAUUUUUAAUUUUUAGUAUUUUCGUCGUGAAUUCUUACGCGAAAGAUUGGCUUUCGAAUGCUAAUUUUUAUCAAAUUUAUCCUGUUUCGUUUAAGGAUUCUGAUGGUGAUGGAAUUGGAGACUUGCAAGGAAUUAAGAGUGAAACUGCUUAUUUGAAAGGAUUGGGCAUGAAUGGCGUAUGGCUUUCUCCAAUCAUGGCAUCUCCAAUGAAGGAUGCAGGAUAUGACAUUUCCGAUUAUAAAACUGUGAAUCCGAUGUUUGGAACAGUUGAUGACGUAAAAGAGCUGAUUUCUGCCUUUAAAGCUGCUGGAUUGUAUUUGAUCUUGGAUUUUGUGCCAAAUCACACUUCCGAUGAGCACGAAUGGUUCAAAAAAUCCAUCCAAAAAAUCGAUCCUUACACGGAUUAUUACGUUUGGCAUGAUGGUUUACCAAAUCCCGCCGGAGGUCGAAAUCUUCCGCCCAACAAUUGGGUCAGCGUGUUCCGUUACAGCGCAUGGCAAUGGAAUGAGGAUCGCCAACAAUACUACUAUCACGCCUUCGUUCCGGGUCAACCCGAUUUAAAUUAUCGCAAUCCCAAAGUUGUUGACGAAAUGAAGAACAUCCUUCGUUAUUGGCUUGACAUGGGAAUUGCCGGAUUUCGUAUCGAUGCUGUGCCGUAUUUGUUUGAAAUUCAACCCGAUGAGAAUGGAAAUUACAAAGAUGAGCCAUUGAGUGGCAUAACUUCCGAUCCAACGGAUUAUCAGUAUACGUCGCAUAUUUACACACAAGAUCAACCCGAAACGUUCGACAUGGCGUAUCAAUGGCGUGCUGUCGUUGACGAGUACAAAAAUAAGGAUUAUCCGAGAGUUUUGUUGACGGAAGCUUAUACGAGUUUGGAGAAUAUUUUGAAAUUUUACGGAAAUGCGACGAUGAAUGGAUCUCACGUGCCAUUUAACUUUGAUUUGCUCUCGAACACGAAAAAAGACACAACUGCCAAACAAAUUCAGUAUCUCGUGGAGAAUUAUUUGUCAAAAGUUCCUGCAGGCAAAGAAGCUAACUGGGUAUUGGGAAAUCAUGACAACCAUCGUACCGCAAGUCGUUUAGGGGAAGAACGUGCCGAUUUGUACAACAUUUUGCUUCAAACUCUUCCCGGAAACGCCGUUACUUAUCAAGGAGAGGAACUUUGCAUGCCCAAUGUUUACGUCACGUGGGAACAAACUAUCGAUCCGGGGGCGUGCAACACAAAUGAAACCGUUUUUCAUUCAGUUUCACGAGAUCCAUGCAGAACUCCUUUCCCAUGGGACUCUUCAAAGAACGCCGGAUUCUCAACUGCCGAUAAAACAUGGCUUCCCGCUGGCACCGAAUACACUCAAUACAACGUCGCCAAGCAAAAUGCUCAAUCUCGCAGUCAUUUGAAGCUUUUUAAGCAACUCGUCAAGUUGCAUCAAUCGCAAGUCUUCCAAGAAGGAAGUUAUUCGGGAGCUACCGUCGACAACGAUGAUCUUUACGCUUAUCGACGCGUUUUCGGAGAUACGGAUGUCAUUAUUCUCCUGAAUUACGGAACAACGUCACAAACGGUGAAUGUCACUGCCUUAUUCAACAACGUUCCGUCACGAGUUAAGGUUCUUGCGUCAUCUUUAUCUUCGAAUAUGGCUGAUAAUCAAAUGUUGACGUCAUCAAGAGUCGUUCUUCCAGCAUCAGCAGGAGUUGUUGUUCAAACUGUUAAAGAUACUGCCUCGACAACUACUACUCCGCAAACGACGAGAUCAACAACAACGUCGACUACUACUGCGAAGCCCAAUAACGUUGGAAGACAUUUGAUUUCGGGAGUUGCGAUGAUUUUGUGCUUCGUUGUUGGAGUUUUCAUGUAAAAUUGUUAAUAAUUUUUCAUUUCAAAUAAAUAUUUGAAAAAAUA